AUGACCUUUAACCCAGAGAUUGAAGCACAUACACACGGAACUCCCCUGCGCAUUGCGCAGGACGCAAGCCGUUCGAACAAGUCACGUUCUCCCCACGCGAAGCAAGUGUCUUGUUCGCCUUACUCAACAUUGGAACGACCCAGAUUUUCCCUCGACCAGGAAAAGGCAUGGAAAGAUAGUGAGCAAACACUCGACUUUUUCGCAACAGAGCCAGGUACCAACGAAAAGCCGCCCAUCACGGAGGACUCAAAGGAAUUAUCGCUUUCAGCGAUUGCUUCACCGCCGGCGGUCGCUGCCGCUCCUUACCCACCGUUUCUCAGCGACAUUGAGAAACAGCCACAUACGCAUGGCCACGGCGACGGACCGUCGGUAAAGGGGCAGCGUCCGCGAUCCGCUUCUUCGGCCUCGUCUAUACCGACAUUGCAUGAGCUCCCCAGUAAUCUCGCCACUGCGAGUAAUGUCUCGACCGAUGCAUAUGGCAACACAUACCCCGAAGGAGGAAAGGAGGCAUGGCUUUGUGUUCUGGGCUCAUUUUGCGGACUCAUGUCAGCACUUGGUAUGAUGAACACUCUCGGCACCUAUCAGACUUAUCUAUCCACGCAUCAGCUCGAGGACCACACUGAGCAAGCCAUUGGAUGGAUCUUUGGCAUCUAUGCCUUUCUGUCCUUCUUCUUGGGUAUCCAGAUCGGGCCAGUCUUUGACGCCAAAGGCCCUCGAUAUCUCGUCCUCUCAGGUUCAAUCCUUCUUCUUGCCACGUACUUCCUGGUCGGCCUAUGCCACAAGUAUUGGCAAUUCUUGAUCGUCAUCGGAGUCAUGGGCGGUACUGGAACGAGUCUUGUCUUCACUCCUGCCAUUGCUGCCAUUGGACAUUUCUUCCUACGCAAACGCGGUCAAACUACCGGCCUUGCAGCUGCCGGUGGCUCUCUGGGCGGCGUUGUGUUCCCACUUACGCUUCAAACGUUAUUCCGCAGCGUCGGCUUCGCGUGGGCCACUCGGACCGUUGGGUUCAUCACCUUACUGCUCCUCAUCAUCGCCAACAUGUUCAUCAAGUCUCGCCUCCCACCACGUCCAGCAACGAGAGAAAACAUCAUGCCCGACUUCCGCAUCUUCCGUGAUCCCGUGUUCGCUCUGACCACAGCCGGCGUGUUCUUCGUAGAAUGGGGCCUCUUCCUCCCGCUGACCUACAUCGCAUCCUACGCCAUCUCGCAUGGCAUGGAGUCGAACCUCGCAUACAGUCUAAUCGCGGUCUUGAACGCAGGCAGCUGCUUCGGGCGCUACCUGCCAGGCUUUCUCGCCGACAAGAUCGGCCGCUUCAAUUGCAUGGUCAUCACGAUCUUUCUCUGCCUGGUAUCCUCUGCGGCGUUCUGGCUGCCCGCCAACGGCUCCCUACCGCUGAUCAUCAUCUACGUACUGGUCUUUGGAUUCGCGUCAGGCUCGGGAAUUAGCUUGACGCCCGUUUGUGUAGGCCAGCUGUGCAAGGUCGAGAACUACGGUCGGUACUAUGCGACCUGCUACACCGUCGUCAGCUUCAGCUGUCUCACGGGUAUCCCCAUUGCGGGGCAGCUCGUGACCACAGCCGGCGGCGAGUACUGGGCGCUGAUAGUCUUCACUAUCGCCAGCUAUGCCGCCAGCACCAUCAUGUUCAUCGCUGCUCGUGUCGCCGGUGCGGGCUGGAAGUUGAAGGUCGCAUAUUGA